AUGCGCAACAGGACUCGAGGUCUCCUGUUGAAACCUCCCAGGUAUUAAUGGCUGAGCUCCGCAGACAUCGACAUGAGCCCGGAGACAGAGACCCACCGGCCGGGGGACAGUCCUCCAGGGCCCGGGUAGAGGGCUCCAGUGAAGGCGGCUCCUCCUCGGUGAUGCUGAAGCUUCUGGCCGCGGUGUUCUACGGAGUCAGCUCGUUCCUCAUCGUCAUUGUCAACAAGAGCGUCCUGAGCAGCUACAGGUUUCCAUCGUCAACAUGUGUCGGAAUCGGCCAAAUGCUGGCCACGGUCGUAGUUCUGAGGACGGGGAAGAUGUUGGGCAUCAUCUCAUUUCCAGAUCUGGAUCUGAGUAUACCAGGCAAGAUGUUCCCACUGCCUCUGCUGUAUGUGGGGAAUCAGAUAUCAGGGCUCUUUGGAACACAGCGACUCAAUUUACCUAUGUUUACAGUCCUGAGGAGGUUCAGUAUUUUUCUCACCAUGGUGUUCGAGGGACUUCUGCUGAAGAAGACUUUCUCUGUGUCGGUGAAAAUGACAGUGUUCACCAUGAUCUUCGGUGCUUUCAUCGCCGCCAGCUCUGACAUAGCGUUUGACCUCGAAGGGUACGUCUUCAUCAUGCUGAACAACGUCCUGACGGCGGCCAGCGGGGCCUAUGUGAAGCAGAAACUUGACUCUCAGGAGCUGGGCAAAUUUGGUCUUCUGUAUUACAACGCCCUGAUCAUGAUUUUCCCCACUACGGCGUAUGCCUACUACUCUGGGGACUUACAAAUGGGGCUGGAGUAUGACGGAUGGUCCGAGCUGCUGUUUGUCGUGCAGUUUGUGCUCUCCUGUGUCAUGGGCUUCAUUUUGAUGUACUCCAUCAUGCUGUGCACGCAGCACAACUCAGCGCUCACUACCUCCAUCGUGGGCUGCAUCAAGAACGUUGUCGUGACCUACAUUGGAAUGGUGUUCGGUGGAGAUUACAUUUUCACCUGGACAAACUUUAUAGGUCUGAACAUCAGCAUCGCCGGGAGCCUGGUGUACUCCGUCAUCACCUUCACACAGGAGCGAGCGAAAAAGGCAUAAACACUGAGUCCCGACCAGAUCCUGAAGUACGUCCAGAGCACAUUUCAUCUCAGAGUACUGUACAGAGAUACAUGUAUACAUAUAUCUACUUUUAAAUCAUUCCUUGUUUUACAAAUAUCUCCUGAACUUUGUUAGCUUGUGAAUUUUUUGUUGCUAUUUUACAAUCAUGAAGUAAUUGAGACACUAUGAUCAGCUUUUGUAAGAUUAUGACAAAGAGCCUUAACUUUUAUACAAUUGUUUCACAAUGACUUUUUAUAUUUGAGAAAUUAAUAAAAAUGUAAGUGUAUUUAAA